AUGACAGCCAUUCGACGUUUUGUAGCAGACGACCUAUUCAAAUUCAACAACAUCAAUUUGGACCCUCUUACAGAAACAUAUAACCUGUCAUUUUAUCUUGGAUAUCUUGCUCAAUGGCCUGAUUUGUGUAUGACAGCGGAAAAUGCCAACGGCACACUCAUGUCCUACAUUAUUGGAAAGGCGGAAGGACACGAUGAGCUAUGGCAUGGACAUGUUACAGCACUCACAGUUGCUCCUGAAUUUAGACGGUUGGGUUUGGCACGAACACUCAUGAACUUUUUAGAGCGAGUAUCUGAAAAAGUCUACAAUACCUACUUUGUGGACCUGUUUGUGCGGUCUUCAAAUAGUCUUGCUAUCGGCAUGUAUGAAAACUUUGGAUAUACAACAUAUCGACGUGUACUGGACUAUUAUACGGGACACGAUCCAGAAGAUGCUUUAGGCAAGUUGAAUGCUCGACUCUUACUCUAUACCUUUGUUUGCAUACACUGUUAUAAAUAUAUGCGCAAAGCACUGCCACGAGACGUAUUCAAAAAAAGUAUUGUACCACUCAAGCACCCGAUUACGGUAGACGAGUUAGAAUGGUGA